AUGACUAGUUCUGUAGAUAAAGUGAGUCAGAAGGUCGCUGACGUAAAACUGGGCUCCUCCAAGUCAACAAAGAAUAACAAGAGCAAAGGUAAAGGAAAAUCCAACAAGAAUCAAGUGGUUGAGGAUGAUGAUGAGGAUGAUUUUGAAAAGGCCUUGGAGCUUGCAAUGCAAUUAGAUGCACAAAAACUAGCUCAGAAAAAAGCUGAUGAUGUGCCUCUUGUUGAAGAAGAAGAGAAAAAAGUUGAGGAAAAGAUUGAACAGCAAUAUGACCCCAUUUCCACUUUUUACCCUGAUGGAAACUAUCCCCAAGGAGAAGUUGUGGAUUACAAAGAUGACAACUUGUACCGUACUACUGAUGAAGAAAAGCGAGCUUUGGAUCGAGAGAAGAAUAACAAGUGGAAUGAAUUUCGUAAAGGUGCUGAAAUUCAUAGGAGAGUUCGAAAACUGGCAAAGGAUGAGAUCAAACCGGGAAUGUCAAUGAUCGAGAUCGCCGAACUAAUCGAAAACGCAGUUCGUGGAUAUAGUGGUGAAGACGGACUCAAGGGUGGUAUGGGAUUUCCUUGUGGUCUUUCUUUGAACCAUUGUGCUGCGCACUAUUCUCCUAAUGCUAACGACAAACUUGUCUUAAAUUAUGAAGACGUCAUGAAAGUAGAUUUUGGUGUCCAUGUGAACGGUCACAUUAUCGAUAGUGCAUUCACGUUAACAUUCGAUGACAAAUAUGAUGAUCUGUUGAAAGCUGUCAAGGAUGCUACCAAUACUGGUAUUCGUGAAGCAGGUAUUGAUGUGAGAUUGACCGACAUUGGUGAAGCCAUCCAAGAAGUAAUGGAGUCCUACGAAGUUACUUUAGACGGAGAAACAUACCAAGUUAAACCUAUCAAGAAUCUUUGUGGCCAUAACAUCGGCCAGUAUAGAAUUCAUGGUGGUAAGUCUGUUCCCAUAGUGAAGAAUUUUGACAACACCAAGAUGGAGGAAGGUGAAACCUUUGCAAUUGAAACCUUUGGCAGUACAGGAAGGGGUCAUGUGAUAGGACAAGGUGAAUGCUCUCACUACGCCAAGAAUCCAGAUGCCCCCGCCAAUGCUAUCUCCAGCAUUCGUGUGAACCGUGCUAAACAAUUGCUAAAGACUAUCGAUGAGAACUUUGGUACUCUUCCAUUCUGUCGUCGCUACAUAGAUCGUCUUGGAGAAGAAAAGUACUUAUUGGCAUUGAACCAGUUGGUUAAAUCUGGAGUUGUUAGCGAUUAUCCACCCUUGGUAGAUGUCAAGGGGUCAUACACUGCCCAAUACGAGCACACCAUCCUUUUGAGACCUAAUGUUAAGGAAGUUGUAUCCCGCGGUGAAGACUACUAG